CAGCAGCUAGUUCCCAGUGGUCUUUACCUCUACUCGAUCUGUUACUAUAUAUAUUUCUGAGACUUUAUUGAGAAAUGGAAAGGAAAAUCAUCCCAGAAACAGAUUCAGACAUUGAAAAUCUUGCAAAGAAAAACACACAAUUUGAAAGAUGGCUGAAGCGAACGAAUUCCAAAUUCCAAGGGUGAAACUGGGCAAUCAAGGACUUGAGGUCUCAAAGUUGGGGUUUGGAUGUAUGAGCCUGACUGGAGUCUACAAUUCUCCUCUCUCUGAGGAGAAUGGAAUUGCUGUAAUAAAGCAUGCUUUCAGUAAGGGAAUCACUUUCUUUGAUUCGGCUGACAUAUAUGGACCCCAUAUUAAUGAGAUUCUGCUUGGGAAGGCCUUGAAGCAGUUGCCAAGAGAGAAAAUUCAAAUAGCCACCAAAUUUGGCAUCCAAACACUGGAACUUCCAAAUGUACAAUUGAAUGGUAGCCCUGAGUAUGUUCGCUCAAGCUGUGAGGCUAGCUUGAAGCGACUUGAUGUGGAAUACAUCGAUCUGUAUUAUCAGCAUCGUGUAGACACAAAAGUACCCAUAGAAGAAACUAUUGGUGAACUUAAGAAACUGGUAGAAGAGGGAAAAAUCAAGUAUAUUGGUCUAUCUGAACCCAGCCCAGAUACAAUAAGGAGGGCACAUGCUGUGCAUCCCAUCACAGCUUUACAAAUGGAGUGGUCUCUCUGGACUCGUGAUAUUGAAGAUGAAAUAAUUCCACUUUGCAGGGAGCUUGGCAUUGGAAUAGUUCCAUACAGUCCUCUUGGCCGUGGUUUUUUUGCUGGCAAAGGAGUUGUUGAAAAUGUGGCUGCAAAUAGCUUAUUGGAAAUGUACCCUCGGUUCCAAGGAGAAAAUUUGGACAAGAACAAGGCCAUUUUUAGUCGAAUUGAAGGACUUGCUGGAAAGCACCAAUGCACUCCUGCUCAGCUUGCACUUGCAUGGGUUCUACAAAAAGGAGAUGAUAUUGUACCCAUACCUGGGACAACUAAGAUCAGGAACCUGGAUAACAAUAUUGGCUCUUUGAAGGUGAAACUUACAGAAGAAGACCUAAAAGAGAUAUCUGAUGCUGUACCAUUAGAAGAGGUAGCUGGUGGUAUAAGCUUUCAAAACAUGGAUCAUCUUCGAUGGCAGUAUGGCAACACUCCUCCAAAAAAUUAAUUAUCCUUUACACAUGGAUGAUGUCCACUUCAAUUGAAUAAUGCUAUUUGUUUUGUGAAAUGAAUGGCCAGAUAUAUUUCUAAUAACUAGCUAUUUCAUUCACACUGCAAAAUCAGGCAACAUUAUUAUGUAAUCGUUUUUAGAAUGGCACCAAUGUGGUUGCUCUAUAUAUGUCAUGCACUAAUAAAUAGGUUGGCAGUUUGUUUCUCACUUUUAAUUUAUUUAUAAUUUUUGGAGUCUGUUCUUCACUUUUUUAUAAUAAUAAAUCUAGUUUCUUACUUUUUU